AUUCCUGGAACUGCAAAAUAAGACCUUUUAUGACGUGUGCCUUCCAACUUCCCCUGCUCUGGUUUCAUAAUUUGUAGCCUUUUCCACGAGUAGCAGAAAAAUGAGCAAACCCCAGGGACCAGUGACAUUCAAGGAUGUGAUUGUGGAGUUCAGCAAGGAGGAGUGGAAAUUACUUAACCCUGCUCAAAAGACCCUGUACAAGGAGGUGAUGCUGGACAACUAUAGGAACCUGGUUGCAGUGGGCUAUCGCGCAAAUAAGCCAAAUACGGUCUUCAAGUUGAAACAAGGAAAAGAACCAUGGAUAUUAGAGGUAGAAUUUCCACGGAAGAGCUGCCCUGGCCUAUGGAAUAUGGAUUACCUAAGAGCGAGGUGCCAAGAAAUCCAAGCUGAAAAAGCAAGGAAUGGAGCACUCGUGAAACACCAGAACACUCAGGCCAGAGAGAAAACUCCAGAGCGAGGAAAAUCCUCCGAGAAAUCUUCCCCGGCAGGGCAUCAGAAUACUCAUUCGAAGGAGAAACCCCCGGAAAGUGGAAAGUCUUCCUCUAAGAACGGAGAUGUCACAACCCAUCAGAAAACUGCCACCAGAGAGAAACGCUAUGAAUGUAAAGAAUGUGAGAAGACUUUCUACCACCUGUCAUCUCUCAGCAGACAUCUGAGAACGCAUGUCGGGGAUAAACCCUAUGAGUGUAAUCAGUGUGACAAAGCCUUUUAUCAAAAGCCACACCUUAUGGAACAUCAGAAAACACACACAGGGGAGAAACCUUAUGAAUGUGCAGAAUGUGGGAAGUUCUUCUAUGUGAAGGCGUACCUCAUGGUACAUCAGAAAACACACACAGGGGAGAAACCCUAUGAAUGUAAGGAAUGUGGGAAAGCCUUUUCCCAGAAGUCACACCUCACAGUUCAUCAGAGAACACACACUGGGGAGAAACCCUAUAAGUGUACAGAAUGUGGGAAAGCCUUUUCUAGGAACACACACCUCAGAACCCAUCAGAGAAGUCACACAGGAGAGAAACCAUAUGAAUGUAGUGAAUGUAAAAAAUCCUUCUACCAAAAGUCAGCCCUCACAGUACAUCAGCGAACUCACACAGGAGAGAGACCCUUUGAAUGUAAUAAAUGUGGGAAAAACUUUUACUAUAAAUCAGACCUCACUAAACAUCAGAGAAAACACACAGGAGAGAAGCCUUAUGAAUGUAAUGAAUGUGGUAAAUCUUUCUCUGUGAAUUCAGUCCUCAGAUUGCAUCAAAGAACUCACACAGGGGAGAAACCCUAUGAAUGUGUUGAAUGUAAGAAACGCUUCUCUCAGAAGUCAUACUUUGUCAUACAUACAAGAAAACACACAGGAGAGAAACCUUACGCAUGCAAGGAAUGUGGGAAAACCUUUAUCCAGAGGUCAAAACUCACAGCACAUCAAAAGACACACAUAGGGGAAAAAUAGUAUGAAUGAAGAAAUUCAUCCUGUCUCAAUUCAUUCUGCUGAGUAAUCAGAUAAGCUCAUAAAAAGAGAUAAACCUUAUGAAUAUUACCAGUGUGGGGAUGUAUUUGGUCAUAAUCUUUCUGUAAACAUAUAGAGACGCUUUCUGAGAAUUUAUAAAAGAGAAAUAUUGUCAUAUAUCAACUUUUACUAAAUAUCAGAAAGCAUAGAAGGAAGAAGCCCUGUAAAUAAAAAUAUAUGUCAACAUAGACAUCGCACAGGAGCAAAUCUUACAAGUAAAAUGAAUGUCAGAAAAUUUUUCUGUCAGUCCCCCAUUGCAAAACAUCUAAGAGCUCAUAAGUAUGAGAAAUCCUUAUCUGUAUCUUGAGCUCACAUAUUAAAACUCAAAUGAGGUAAAUGCAAGGAUGUGACAAAUAUAGAACCCUUUUUCAAGAAGUGAUGUUUCAUUGAAUGUUAGAUUGUUGAUAGUGGAACAAAGCCUUUAUAGAUAUUUUAAAUAUGUGAAAAUUUUCUAACAAAAUUUCAGAGAACAUAUACUGAUUGAACACUGAAUACUAGAAGCUGUAUUGCAGAUUGAUUCCAAUAUUUUCUUUUUUUAAAAGAAACUUGCAAAUGUCUGGGUAUAUGAAGCUUUUUUAAAGCACGGAUAAAUCAAGCAAUCAGGCAGCAGCACUUAGAAUAAGUGGAGAGUCCUUUAAGAUGUAGGACUCGUGUAUGUGAGUGUGUUACAUUGUGUGCUUGAUAUGCAUGUGAACCUACUUAUAAUUGUAUAUAGGAAAUGUGUAACCUUCAAUCAACUAUUAUGUAUAUAAAGAUGUUUUGUAUGAAAUCUCAGCAGUAUUUCCUGUUAAAGUGCAAUAUUCUUUUAAAAUCAUAAUGCAUAUUUUGUCUUAUUUUCUUGUAAACAAAUGGAUUUAGACAUCAUUACUGAAUUAAUCUUUUUUUAAAAAGCUAUAAGAAUGCUUUUGUAAAAUUUCCAACUGCCUCAUGACCAGCGAAACUUUGCAUGAGAGACUUAUUUAUUUUUAGCAAAAGCCUGACUUGAUAGUUUUAUAUGCUGCUGACAGCAGCAAUAUUUAUCACAUUCUGCAGGAUAAAAAUAGAUACUGCUUUGUAAAGAAAUAUUGUAAUGCUAAUGACUUCAUAGGGUGCACAGCUGUCUGCUUCUGUAGUUAGUACAAGAAUCUUAAAUGUUCUUCACUACCUUUUUCUAACUAGUGUAGCACCAUGGCAUAGUGGGUAAGAUUGUGGACUCUGACCAUCUGCCUAGGCUUCAAUGCUUGCAUGGAGCAUACCACAUAACCUCUCUGUGCCUCAGUGUUUGUGUAUUUGUUUCUGUAAAUGUAAUGGUACUUAUGUCUUAUGCUGCUUUAAUCCCUAAAUGGGUUAAUAUUUUUAAAGCACUUAGAAUUAGUGUCUAGGGUACAGGGAGAGCUGUUUGUUAGAUAUUGUCAUCGUUAUAAUUCACCUUUCCUGCAUUAUAUUGUACUAUUUUUCCUGAAUUGCACCCUACUUUAUUGCUGGCAGUGCCUUGAUUUGAUUUAAUUUUGUUGUCCAUUUCUCCCGCAAGUGCUUUAGGGACAAGGGUUGUUGGCACUUUACAGCCCCUGGACCAGAUGUGGCUGAUUGUCUGUUUUCAGUCUACUAGCUAAAAAUAGUUUUGCAUUUUAAAAUGGUUAUGAAAAAACACUAUUUAUGAUAUGAAACAUAUAUGAAAUUUGAAUUCUACUGUCCAUACAAACCAAACCCAUUGCUAUUAAGUUGAUUCUGACUCACAGCCACCCUAUUUAGGGCUUCUGAGGCUGUAAAUC